AAUAUUUGUAUAUCACACAUAAACAAUAUUAGCGAAAAAAAAAAUUCAAAUUCAAAUUUUAUUCUUCCCUCUCUUUUUUUUGUUUGUUCUAUCUCAAGUUUAGUUUUUAUUAAAAGUUUUUGAUUUUGUAUUGGAUUUUGUUUGUUCUGUGUAAAAUCCACGAACCAUAACCGAAGAAUCAAUAUGACUGAUAUUUAUGAGGAUCGAGUAACCAGUGAAGAAUAUAAACAAUGGAAAAAGAAUACACCAUUUAUGUAUGAUUUUAUGAUGACACGAAUAUUAGAAUAUCCAUCACAAACUGUUCAAUGGUUUAAUGAUGAUAUUGAAAAAAUUGAUGAUGAUCCACAUGAAUCAAUGUUACAACGGUUAUUAUUCGGUACAAAUACCGGAUCAUUUAAUGAUGAUAAUCAUUUGAUAAUAGCAUCGAUUACAUUACCCGGUUAUCGGGAACCACCUAAAAUUGAUCUUUAUAAUAUGCCUGAAGAUGCAUUCGGAACAUUUGUUCAUUAUAAUGAUCAAUUGGAAGCCGAUUUUAAAAUCUAUCAUAAUGGAUCGGUUGAAUGUGCUAGAUCAAUGCCACAAAAAGAGAAUAUCAUUGCUACAAGAAAUCAUAAUGAUUUAUUUAUCUAUGAUAUUAAAGAUUGUCUUGCUGAUUACAAUGUUGCUGGAGAAACAUCACCAAUUCAUAUUUAUCCAAAAUUGAAUAGUGAAAUAAAUUUAGAAUGGAAUAGUCAAACAUCGGGAUUAUUAUUGACCGGUUAUGAUCGUCAUCGGAUUGCUAUUUGGGAUAUGAAUUCACAGAAAAAACGAAAAUCAUUAACAACCAAAUUAGUACUUGGUGGUUGUGAUCAAAAUGAUAAUGAUAAUGUUGGUUUUAUUUAUGAUGCUAGUUGGCAUCAAAAACAUCCAGAAAUUUGUGCUUCAACAACAUCAAAAGGAAACAUUCUAUUAUGGGAUAUUCGAUCAAAUAAUGUCCAACGUCCUAGCCAUUAUUUUACUGGUCAUAAAGGAUCAGCUUUUCAGAUAAAAUUCAAUCCAUUUUCCGAAUAUGUAUUCAUCACAAGUGGUUCGGAUUGCCAAAUAGCUGCAUGGGAUCUUCGUAAUCUAAAUGAAAAAUUGCAUUCAAUUCAAUUGAAACAGGAAAAAUUUCAUACAUUAAAAUGGUCAUCACAUUGUGAAACAUUAUUCGCAGCAUUAACUAAUGAUCGUAAAGUAUAUCUAUUUGAUAUGGAUAAAAUUUUUGAUGAAUUACUGCCACAAGAAAUUGAUAAUGGUCCAUCAUCAUUAACAUUUAUACAUGGUGGUCAUACAUCAAGAAUUUGUGAUUUUGAUUGGAAUCAUAAUGAUAUUAAUCCUUUGAUGAUUUGUUCAGUUUCGGAUGAUAAUGUUUUUCAAAUUUGGCAAAUGUCAAGCAAAUAUGUUACACAGGAUACAAAUAGAACGGAAAUUUAAUUGAUUCAAAAAAAACAUUUUCAUCAAUAUAAAAAGUUAAUCAAUCCUAAUCAAUUCAUAUGGUUUAUAUAAACGUGAAUAUUCUGU